AUGCAGGUACUCCCCUCCCAGCUGGAGGCCAACGUCGACUUCAUGCCGGACCGGGACGUGAGCGACGUGGCGGACCCCGACUUGGGGGCGGCCGCCCUAGAGGAUGACGCAACAGGCGGGGGUGGUGGAUCAGGCGGCUUCAGAGGAGGAGGAGGCGGCGUGGACGACUGGUUGGAUGACGAGGAGGAGGAGGAGGAGGCGCCGCGCCAUCCGCCUCCUGCCGACAGGACGGGUCCGAUCACCUCGGUCGCGCCGACCGCACCAAGCGGCGGGCCGAAACGCCGAGGCGUGCUACUAUUCGGCAGUCACCCCAAGAAGCCCAAGCACUCGGCCACCGCGGCCAAGAACACGGCCGCCGCGACCAAGCGAUGCAAGGCUGCCACGAAGGCGGCCAAGUUCCAUAAGGCCCCCAAGCAGCCUCCGAUGGUGUCGGCGGCCCCGGUCUCUCUUGAGCGGUCGACUUCGGCCUCCGUCGUCAGGAUGGCGCAAGGCUCCACAAAUACCCGCCGUAUUGACCCGGCCGCCGACCUCCGGGAGGCGCUGGAAAGGAACGCACGAGAGGUGUGGGAGGAGAAAGAAGCCGCCGCCAAGGAGGCGGAGGCCGACAAGGCGGCCGCAGCCAAGGUGGCGCAAGCGGACGCGGACGCCGCUGCCCAGGCCCAAGCCGACGCCACGACGAAGAAACGGGCAGCGGGCACCGCGUACCAGCAGAUCCCGCUGCUCAUCACCCCUUGCGCUCCGCGCCACUAG